GCUAUGGCGACAAUGGGUAUCCAAGGAGCGAGAUUUUAGGGUUAGGGCCAGCUUCAUCGCUUGCUGCUUCCAAGCUGGACGCCGCCCGGGGCCGCGGAGCUCUGUGAUCCGCUCGAUCAUCGGAUUCUAGCGACUGAAGAGAUGGGGACGGGCGCUCCUCAAAACUUUGACAUCCAGAAUUUCUUCAAGAGCUCAUCGCCGUCACCGGCUUCCAGCACAGGUUCUCCGUAUCAUCCUUACCCCUUCCCUCCACAGAGCACUUAUCCUCCUCCAGUAUCGUCCUCGCCAGCGCCUUCUUUCCCAUUCCCAGCGCCAUACUCUUUCAUGCAUUAUCCCGCCCAGGACGCUCGCCCAGCUCCUCCUUUCAUCCAGCCUCAAGCUCCUUUCAGCCAAUCGAUUGUCUCUCCACUGCCCCAACAAUCUUCCUCACAGCCAUCCGUGUCGAGCCCGCCCUUGGAUGGAGCAAGGCUUAUGGCUCUCCUCACCACACAGUCCACGGGAGAUCUUCGCAGCGAAGCUCCUCUCUUGAGCCAUCCAUCGUCCUUGGAGCUUCCACCAGCUGCUGUGACUACUACCACUACUGUUACUUCUUCCUCGUCUUCCAAUACAGCUCCCAGUGCCAUUGAAACCUCCGAGGCUCCUCCAGCGAUAGCUCCAGCCUUGCCUUCGGCUCCUCCCGUGAGUAGUUUGGCUCCGCAAAGCAGGAUCUCGGGAAAAGCAGCAAAGGGACGAUUCUUGUCUGGAGAGCGAGCGGUGUAUGAUAUCGACAAUCGGGGUGAUACAGAAGAACAGCCUCAGCUCGAAGUUUCUACGAUCACUGUUUAUAGCUCCGAGCCUGCGUUGGUGGUGGGACGUCAGAUUGCCGUGAACAAGAGCUACAUCUGCUAUGGUCUCCGAGCUGGAAAAAUUCGUAUUCUAAACAUUAACACUGGGACACGUAACCUCUUCGCAGGCCAUACCCAAAGGGUACUGGAUAUGACUUUUUUGUCUAGUGAUACUCAUGUUCUAGCAAGUUCAAGCAUCGAAGGGCGGGUUUUUGCUCGGAGGAUAGUGGAAGAUGUUGGUGAAGAUGGGAAGAACUUACCGACCGAGCAGAUUCUAGCAGCAAUCCAUUUUGUUGGGGACUGGGAAUCUGCUCAACCACGCGUGUGUUGGCACUCACGCCAGGACUUUUUGAUAGUGGGCAUUGGAAAGUAUGUUUUGACUAUAGACCUCUCUAGGUUCAGAAAUACAACGUUUUCAGCUGAAGAGCCGAUACAGUGCAACGUGAAAACCCCCAUUGAUGGGGUUCGUGUCGUCGGCAACCAUGAGGACGAAGUCACUGGCCUCGCUGUCUAUCCCGGAAGUCAUCGUUUUGCUUCUUCGUCCAAAGAUGGAACGGUUCGUAUUUGGGGCGAUAAUCAACCGAUUGUACUCAAUCCCCACGGCACACUGACCGUCAAUUCGGUUGCAUUUUUGAGCUCUCCUCGACGUCAAGACCAAGUUGUCCUGCUAACUGCGGGACCACUGAACAAGGACCUGAAGCUUUGGGCUCCUAUUGAUGCGGUGAAUUGGAAAUGCAUACAAACUUUGGAGCUGAAAAGCUCUCUCGAAAAGAAGGUUGAGGAAGCCUUCUUCAACCAGAUGAUAAUAGUUCCUCGCGCCAACCUGAUUUUGCUAGCAAACGCAAAGAGGAAUGCUAUCUACGCGAUACACGUCGAGAUGGGAACAACGGCGUCUUUGGCCCGGAUGGACUAUUUAGCAGAGUUUUCUGUCAAAAUGCCGAUUCUGAGCUUUACGGCUACCAGCGACAGUCAACUGGAUGGUGACGGGGCCAUGCAAGUAUACUGCGUCCAGACGCAGGCUAUUCAGCAAUACUCGCUGAGCUUGUUUAUGUGCCUUCCUCCAGCAGAAGGGAAACCAGAUUCGGUACUUGAUUCCGGUUUCUCAGCAAGCAUUCAGGCAACGUCACCAAUGCAUACUCCAAAACCGAGCAUCGACAAGGAUUUCGCUGCUACGACUACGGAGAAAGGCAAGGGACACGUCGAUAGUAAGCCCAAGGAUAGUUAUAGUCAGGUGGCAGCUGCGGUGCCUUCCGACGCUGAUCAAAUCGAUAAAGCUGUUUUAUCGGAUGCCGUCUUGGACGUGACAGAGCCUGCGAAGAGGAGUGAGGAAAUUGAUGAGAAGGAAGACAAAAAGGAAGGUGUAAAGCCGUCAAAGCAGCCACAUUUGAUUACGCCAUCAGAGUUGAUGUCAAUGGUUGCUCGUUCGAAGACUGAAGUUCCCUUGAAAGCUGGAACGACAGGGGAUGAAGAAUUUGAUGCAAGAGCUGGUGGCGAUGACGAAGGUACAUAUGAGGCAAGGGUUUCUACUGCGCGAGGCUUCAUUGAGAAUACUGAUGAGAUCAUCGACGCGCUGGAGAGCGGCAAUCCGGAACUUGAAGCUGAAGCAGAUGCUCUCAUUCAGAAGUUCUCGCAACCAUCGAUGCAGCCAUCCUUUUCCGAACGGACAGAUGAGGCCGAACUCCCCGACGGAAGAAGUGUGGGAAUGCCUGUUGAGGAUCUAGGCGACCUGAAAGAAGUCUCCAAAAUCUCGGAAGGAAAUGCUGCAUCAGCUUCUCAGUCUCCAGCGGUUUUAAAAGGCAAGAAAAACAAGAACAAGGCUGUUGCGCCCGCAGUACAAGUUCCGUCAUCAAGUGCUGUUCUUCCUGAGGCGGAAACGAACGGGAUUUCUCCUUCUGAUAGUCUGCAAGACACUCUUAACCAGCUCUUGGCGAUGCAUAAGGAUUUGCAGAAGCAGCUGUCGGUCAUGAUAACUGUGCCUAUGACUAAAGAGGUGAAGCGCAUGGAGACAUCUCUGGGGCAACGGCUGGAAAAGAUUUUGAAAGCGAAUGUGGACGCGAUGUAUGCAAAGCUACAGGAAGAAAGCGUCAAACGAGAGAAAGCCGAGCGUGAGCGGUCUCAGCAGCUGACAACCACGCUGACAAACUGCAUAAACUCAACGAAGGAGGUGCCGACGGCAAUGGAGCGUAUUUUAAAGAAGGAACUGGCCGCCGUCGGGCCUGCCGUUGCUAAGCUGCUUUCUCAAUCAGUUGAGAAGGCAAUAGCGACUGCUUUGGCUGAAUCCUCACAGAACUUGAGUGAGAAAGCUGUAGCAAAUGUGGAGAAGGCAGUCACAACGAAGCUGGAUGCAUCUGUGGCCCGUCACUUGCAAUCUCAAUUCCAGACUACUGCCAAGCAGGCAUUACAGGAUGCAAUGCGGACCUGUUUCGAAGGAUCCGUUGUCCCAAGUUUCGAGCGCUCAUGUAGAGCUAUGUUUGAACAAGUUGAUGGAGCUUUCCAGAAAGGAAUGGCUGAGCACACUAGCCAUGCACAGCAGCAAGCUUCCGCAUCCCAUAAUGCUCUAGCAUCGAGCCUUCAGGACUCGGUGAAUAGCCUGGCUCAAACACUCAAGUCUGAGUUGGCUGAUGGCCAGAGAAAGCUUGCUGCUCUUGCGGAAACUCGCUAUCAGUUCCCUCUCAAACAAGCCAGCGGGACGCUCCCUGAUAAGGUGCUCUCUUUGCAGCAUGUCGAAGAGACGCUGGAUCCCACGAAAGAGCUCAGCAGGCUACUAUCUCAAGGGAAGCUGGAGGAAGCUUUCAACAAGGCUCUCUCACUCAGCGACGUCUCGGUCGUGUCGUGGCUUUGCAACCAGGUGGAUCCCGCGACAGUCUUCUCGUCCGCGACACCUCCACUGAGCCAAGGGGUGCUGCUCUCGCUCGUCCAGCAACUGGGCUGUGAUCUCGGCAAAGACACCGCUCGCAAGCUAACUUGGAUCCAAGGAGCAUCAGUGGCAUUGAAUCCAAGCGAUCCAGUUCUAGCGCCACACAUGAGAGCGUUCCUGGACCAGCUCUACCAGAACCUCCAUCGCCAAGUGAUGAUCACACCCGCUACCGGCGAGCUCGCAAACUCUCUCCGGCUCGUCAUCCACGUCGUGAACUCUCUCCUCUCUUCGUGCAAGUAAGUAUUACGUAAAGCUGUGCUAACUAACUGUAAUGUGUAUAGUUAGCUAAAGUCUGUUAUCGCCUUUAAUGUAAACGCUUUUAACUCUGUAUAAAA